AUGUACCAACCCGUGAUUUCACCUAAAGAUACUUUAGCGAUACAGGCAGCGCCAUCUAUCGAGGCUUGCCCACCCGACAGCGUAUUGAACGACGACGAGUGCAUUUGCGAUCCAGAAAGCUGUGUUCAGCCUCCCUGCCUGUCCGCUUUGAGCGUCGUGGUGAAUGCCAGCGACGUCCCGGGCUCCUGCUGCCCCAUCUACGAUUGCGUAGAUUGCAGGAACGACACCCUCAUCGACGGAAAAUGUCCCUGCGCCCCCGAAGCCGUCCUCAAUUCCAAGAACCAGUGCCACUGCGUCGAUGAGGAAAAGCAUUUGGUAAAAGGAGUAUGUGUUUGCAAUCCCCUGCAAUGCGAGCUACCACCCUUGUGCGACAAAAAGUCAGUUGCCGUCACAAUAGACGACGGGUGCUGCAAGAAAACCAUAUGCAAGCCGUGUCCCUCGGACAGCGAAUCCACCCAGCUGGAAACCGAGGACCUGGACGAUCACUGCGUUUGCCUACCCUGCAAGAAGGAGUGCGGCAACAACAGAAUCGCCGUAGUAAAAAAAUACGGUUUGGGAUUUCCCGGCAACUGUUGCGACUUGUACGAAUGCAAAGGGCUCGACGAGGUCGACGGGUGCCGCGUUGAGGACAUGGUAUACCAAAACGGAGAAGAAUGGUUAACCGUAGACGAACAGAAAUGUAAAUGUCAAAACGGCUUGUCUCUGUGUUCCAAAAUUAUCGAGGAAAAGUCGUUGUCCUGCGUGGAAGAUCACAAGAUAUACAAACACCUGGAUAAGUGGAUCAAAGAAGACGGGUGCACUUACUGCACAUGCAUGAAUGGCGAGGAGAAAUGCAUAUCCCACUUCUGCGAGGUUAAGGAGAGCCAGAUCCAAAAGAACGAGACGCAGUCGUGCUUCAAAGACGACGCUGUUUACCAGCAUUUAGAUACCUGGACGGAAAAAGACGGUUGCACCUACUGCACUUGCCUCAAUGGCGUAGAAGAGUGCUCUACCGAUUUCUGCGAGAAGGAACCCAUCCACAAAAAGGACGACUGCCAACCGUUGGCGAAUUGCAACAGAACUUGCACCAACGGUUUUAAAAUUAACAAGAAAGGCUGCGAAAUAUGCAAGUGCAACAGUGUUAAAGUAACACAGAACAUAUUGCUGAAGUACAACAUUACAAUGAAAGACUUAAUAGCGAUAGUAGAGGAUUAUAUGCACCAACGAACCUCUACGAGUACGACCUCGACUUCAACUCCUGUUACUCCCCUUCUUGUAGAAGUUAUCAACACUAGUUCGUCUGGUAAUGGCGAUGCAAACGCCAAGUUCUUCAAGGAAAUUUUGGUAACUUCUACAACCACGGAACCAUCGGUUGUUCCAACUGAUACGGAGGCAGGUUAUUGGAAUGUUGCCAUACCGAUCUUAGUCCUGUUGGUCUUCGCAUGUGUUGUCUUUAUCAUCGUUAUCGUCACGUGCAUCUACAAACGUAGGAGGAGAAGCAGCAUGGACUUGUUCCAUCCUGACUACAAAACUGUUAACAGCCUAGACAAUAACAACACCAUAAAGAACACCGAUCCACUACUUUAAAUAUUGUGAAUUGUGAUAUAACAAUGCAAAAAUGUCGUUCCAGCAGUGGAUUUUAUACUAGAUUUCCUUAAACUGAAAUUAGUUAAACAUGUCGAUAAAAUCCACUGGGUACGCUGAACGAUGUUAACUAUUUAUGUAUAAUUUACAUUUAGGCUUCAUCUUAGGUUAAUUGUUUUGAUUUUAAUCAUGAUAUGACUGUUAUUAUCAAUUAAGAAUAUGUUAAUUUAUUUUUAUAACUUGGGAUGUUAAAAAUAUGAAUGUAUUUUUUUAAAAGUUAUAUACUGUUUGUUAUUAUUAAUAGUUCUUCUUUAGUGAAUUACUAUUGUUUGUAUAUUUGUAAAUUUCGCAAGUUUUUUUUUUUAAAUUCUCUAACAUCUCUUUUCGGAAUACUUAUAAUUUGUACUUAUUUAGUUUGAACGGUUACUUGCCAUUUCUAGGAAUGCAGAGAUCUACAGACUUGGAAACUUAUUGGACUUCUUUAUUCAUUUUUUUUUUAAUAUUAUAAGUUUCAGGAACAACUAAACACUGAAAUGCCCAGAAAUACCUUAAGUUGCUCCUAGUUCAAUGUGAGGUGAGUAAAAAAAUUCUGUUAUGAUUUUCCAUCACAUUUGUUUUAUAUCCAAAACCGUCUGACUACAAAUACACACAACAUCUGGAAACUUUUCUAAUACAGAAAAAUUCUUAGGCGUAAAACUUUAUUUUUUGUACCUCUCAUUUUAACAGAAAUGGCAAGUGAAGAAGAAUUCUCUGCAAUAAAAUGUCCGAUAUGUGCAAUUACCAAAUCUUUUUGAAAAGAUCGAAUUAUAUUUCUUAACAUUCUCCUAUUUAGCUUGUCUUCGGUAUUCAGGGUUUGGUGGAUGUCUCAAGGAAAUAAAGCUCUACAAUGGAUGAGUCGGUUAUCAUCUCUUCAAAAAAAAAAUGAUUUACAUACUUCUAAAUUGAGGACAUUCACGCGGGCGUCUUACAAAUGGUGUGGUCUCAAAAGUUACAAAAUAACACAAAAAAAACAUGACCAUCGAAUGACACAACUUUAUUUUUAGUUUUAGAUCUCAAAAUUGAAAAAAAGCUAGGUAUUACGUUAUAUUUGUUGUUUUUUUAGUUUGUAAUCAUAACUGAAACCUAUAAUUAAGGACUACCUUUAUCCUUCGAGCAUAUACUCCUAGAGGCAGCCUUCAGUGCUGAGAAAGAGCGACUGGUGUGCGAGAGAGAAAGGAGAAUAACAGGACAUGCUAUCUCUCUCGCUUCGCGAGCUGAUUGGUCGGGGCUUAGGAGCAGGACAGUCAUUGGUAUGGAGGGGAGCACGCACCGACCAAUCCAGCUCGCGGAGCGAGAGAGAGAGAAUGUUUUUUUAUUCUCCUUUCUCUCUCGCAUACCAGUCGCGCUUUCUCAGCACUGAAGGCUGCCUCUAGGAGUAUAUGCUCGAAGCCUUUAUUAUAUCGAGCUUUUAGACCCUUAAGGCUCAUUUCCACCGAUUUAGGGAUUUCUUAACGCUAGGGAACGAACUUAUGUCUCAGAACCGUUUUGAUUUCUGCCAAACCUUUAUUCUUAACUUGUGUCCAAAUUUCUGGGAAUCAGGACAUCCGCAAGAAAACAUUUCUAAAACUUGAGCUGUUGCAAGUGCCUUUCAUUCACCACUUAAAAAUUUAAAUUUUUGGAAACCAUUUCAGGAUCUUGCUCGUUCCCCCGUUAAGCAAACCUUACCUAUUCAUUGCCUAACCAAAAGUUGGUGGAAAUGGUUAGUAGUCCAAUUAAAUGGGCCUUUGAUUCGCAGUUUUGGUCAACUUUUUUGCCUUUUUUUUUGGUAUACUAAUUUAAGGUAUACAAUAACAAUAAGUGAUCAAUUUUUUUUCAACCCUCGGUCAGAGGUGGACAAAACUAUAAUAAAGUGUUUUUUCAAGACAACUUAAAAGCGGUAAGAGCUAGAAAAAAGUUUCUUACAAAAGUUGUAGAUCAUAAA